UGUCUUUUGUCCAAUCAGAGGCUGCGUUGCUAUAUGCAAUGCGCAGGCGCUGUGGAGCAGAUAUUUCAUGUGUUGUACGCACGUCGUGUCCGGUGGAGGUCAUAGACAUCUGAGCAAAGCUGAGUGAGAUUGCUGUCAUGGCAAAGCUGUUCGAGUCUAUUGGGAAGUUGGGGCUGGCCCUCGCCAUUGGUGGAGGUGUUGUGAACUCUGCCCUUUUCAAUGUUGAUGCAGGGCACCGGGCUGUGAUAUUUGACCGGUUCAGAGGUGUGCAAGAUGAUGUUGUUGGUGAAGGGACCCACUUUCUCAUUCCCUGGGUUCAGAAACCUAUAAUCUUUGAUUGUCGCUCCCGUCCACGCAACGUGCCAGUCAUCACAGGCAGCAAAGAUCUGCAGAAUGUAAACAUCACAUUGCGUAUCCUCUUCCGGCCGGUAACCACCCAGCUGCCACGCAUCUUCACCAGUAUUGGUGAGGACUAUGAUGAGAGGGUGCUGCCAUCCAUCACCACAGAGGUCUUGAAGUCUGUAGUGGCUCGGUUUGAUGCUGGUGAGCUCAUCACCCAGAGAGAGCUUGUGUCUCGGCAGGUCAGUGAGGACCUCACAGAGAGAGCCAACACCUUUGGUCUCAUCUUGGAUGAUGUUUCACUGACACACUUGACCUUUGGCAAGGAAUUCACAGAGGCUGUUGAGAUGAAGCAGGUGGCCCAGCAGGAGGCUGAGAGGGCCCGUUUCAUUGUCGAAAAGGCAGAGCAACAGAAGCAGGCGACCAUCAUCUCAGCAGAAGGAGAUUCCCAGGCUGCCUUGCUCAUCGCCAACUCCCUGAUGGAGGCUGGUGAUGGUCUGGUAGAGCUACGUAAGCUGGAGGCAGCUGAGGACAUCGCUUUCCAGCUCUCCCGCUCCCGCAAUGUCACUUACCUGCCAUCAGGACAGCGCACAUUGAUCCAGUUGCCCCAGUGAUAACCUCUCAUGUGUAGCCUACUCUCGCUGUCACCAGCUGUUAUAAGGGCCAUGGAAGGGGUGGUUGGAGGAUUUAAUAAAGGACAUUCAACUUCACACCCAUUUCUCCCACUCCUUCUCUAACCAACUCUGGACUGGGCUCUGCUAACAGCAGGAUGUUGGGAGACAGAGUGAGAUAUCUGUGAUGGAUGCAUUUAUGAAGUCCAACCAUGUGUAAAGAAGUGGAGGGUAACCUAUAUAUAUAAAAAUUGACAAUGCAGUAAAUUCUCAAAAGAUUAGUCUUUGCUACAUUGUUUCAGAGCACUGCAUGUGCGGAAAGCACACAAUUCCUUUAAAAGAUGAGAUGAUGAAAGUAAAUGAUAAAUGCCAUUACUCUGUUUUAUCUUCCGGAACGUUUCCUCAAAUUGUGUAACUACAUAUAUUCAGAUCUGUAACGAAAGGCUCUCCUUUUGAUUCACUGACAUAACUGACUAGAGAUGGUGUAUUCAUUUAACUUUAAUUCUUUGUGUUUUGAUUUGCCAGAAGGAUUAAAUCUGUGGAAUAUAUCUGCUUUCUAGCAAAUUAUUUCUUCAUGAAUAAUAUUGGCCCUCCCAAUCAAUUGGCAUGUGCCAGUCAAAUAGUAGGGGAUGAUCCUUCAUUCUUUACAGUCGUCGCGGUGUCUUUAGUUUGUGUGGAGAAAGUGUACGCCCCAUGUUCCAGAAAUGGCUCAAGGCAACAAUAAAAUUGUCUUUCUACCUCCCA